AUGAAUACGGAUGAAGACUCUCCUGUUAAGAAAAAAGUAGAUAAACCAUCAACUGAUAAUCUAACAGUGAUUCUAGACAAGAUAGAUGCGAAACGAUUAGAGAAAGGUGACGAAGAACCAAAACCGCGUAUUGUUCUAACGUUUCGGUCGGAGAAAAACAGUGCCAAGAGUAGUAACAUGAAGAUAGUAACUAACGAGGAGAAACAAGAGGAGGCUCCGCGUCGGUCCAGUAGGACUCGCGGUAAGUGGGAAUGGGUGUGCGAUAGCGACACAUCUCCUAAGAAGAACAAGUCUGGCACACAGACUAUGUCAGAGAAUGAUGAGUCAGACAGCUCACACACCACUCCCAAGCGAUCGACGCGGCGGCGCAGCAAGGACUCGGAUAAUGUCCUAGCCAAUGCUAUUGCUAGAAAGGAGAAAUCAUAUGAAACCCAGCAAGCCCCUCAAAGAUUGUCUCGUAGAAUAAAACCUACAGCUAAGAUUCUUGCUAAUGAAGAAUUACGAAUUGGAUUGGAAUCUCAGAACAAUGCGCGUCUAGGCAUAAAUGACAAGUCUCCUGAGGAGGGAGUGAGGACACGGAGGUCUGUUCGUCCUUUGGCAACGCAGGUAGAAAAGAAGAAGGAGCGAGAGGUAGAAGUCGAAGAGGAGAUGGCAGAGCUAGGAGAAGAUGAUGAUAGCCAAAGUCAGAAUACUGUGAUGAAAUUGAAGCACCUUUGUGAGCUGGGCUUGAAGGCUAUUAGCCCAGAUGAAGCAGAGGAGAGUGGGAAUGAAAACAAAGGGGAAGAGGAUGAGGAGGAAGAAGCAGAAGGAGAAGAAGAAGAAGGUGAAGGAGAAGCUGAUGAGUUAGAUGAGGAUGAGGAAGUGGAGGAUGCAAUAUUCCUCAGCAAGAUGAUGGAGCCUGAUGACUCGAGUGAUGCUGACAGUGACUUCCGCUGCUCUGUCGAGGUAGCGGCCAAGAACAGGCCGAGGCGGUCCACAAGACUGUGCUCCUCUAUUGGAUUCAAUGACAGCGAUCGAUCAUCACCUGUUGGGGAAGAUGAACAUAAGUCUCCGCGGCGCCCGUCCAAACGGUCGAAGCACAAUUACGUGGAAGACAGUGAAAGGAGUCAUCGUAAGAGGAGGAGGCACCGGUCAUCUGGUGGUGACGAACCUCAUUCCGACGCUGAAGUUGAGGAUAUAAGUACUCCAGCCGCCGCCGACGAAGGUUCCGAAGCUGCUUGCCCGACCGACGAGAUCAAAAUAAUAGCGGCCUGCUUCUGCGAGACGCCUAGCAACGUGUACGCUGCGCCUGAAGAACUUACCGAGCCAGUAUUCUGCCAAGCGAUAGAGCUGGUGGACGGAGUCCGUGUAGGGUGUUCCCACAGCGCUCGUCGCCACCGCAGCCUAGUGAGUAGUGGCAACCCUAGUGGGCUGGCCCCGCUGGUGCGCGCCGGCCCUAGGGCUCCCUACUUCCUGGCCUGCUCCCUGCACGCCACGCAGCUCGCCAAGCACAUGUGCUGUCCUGCCUGCGGACUAUUCUGCACUCAGGGCAUAUUCUACCAGUGCUCAUCAGGUCACCUGUUCCACCUGGACUGUGGUCUGCCUUAUAACGACACGAAGCAGGUGCCUCCAGGCUGUCCGCACUGCGGGAUCUCUUCCUACCGCUGGAAGACUGCCAACGACAGCUGUGUCAAGGUCCAGGUCGAGAUGAAGUGCAGCAACAAACGAAUCUUCUUGCCCGACCAGAGGGAACAGUGCACUCCAGCAUACCUCUCCUUUUCCAUUCGAGAGCCUAAGCCAGAGUCAGGUCCAGUUAUACCGCCGGACCUGCUCCCGUCCCCCCCGGUAGACCUGAAGCAGUUCUGUGAGCAAGCGGCGCAGGCGCCCAACAAGUCGCCUCAACCACUUUGUGACGCCAUCCUCAGGGGCGACCCUGUCCAUCAACUUAUACCUAAGAUUGUGUCGAGCGCGAGCCUGAACAAGUCCGUGUCUGGGCAGGCGGGCGGGAGCUGCGCGCACGCGGCGGCGCGCUGGGGGCGGCCGGCCGCGCUGUACCUGCUGCACUACGCGGGCGCGGGGCUCGACCACACCGACACACACAUGCGGACGCCGCUCAUGGUCGCCAUACUCGCACUUGUGGAAAAACCAACAAUUAAAAAGAAGAAAGGCAACAAGCGCUCCAAGUCUGAGGAACCAGAACCAGAUGCUGACAAAACAGAGGAGAGUGAGAAACAGGACAAGGGAGAGGACAGGAUGGAUGAAGAGGACGACACUGUGAGGACCAAGGAGGAAGACCUUGUCAAGGUCAUACGUUAUCUGGUGAUUGCUGGAUGUGAUGUCAACUUGCCCGGUCCGGACGGUAUGACAUGCCUCCAUAUAGCAGCUCAGCACGGUCUGGUGGGAGUCAUACCAUUCCUUCUUGAGAGAGCCAAUGUGGACGCCAGGGAUCAUGGAGGGUGGACGCCACUCGUCUGGGCUGCUGAGAACAACCACAGUCAGGCCGUCAAGUUGUUGCUGGGCGCGGGCGCGGAGGCGGCGUCGUGCGACAGCGAGGGCAACGGCUGCGUGCACUGGUGCGCGCUGGCGGGCGCGGCCGCCGCGCUGCUGGCGCUGCUGGACGCGCGCCCCGCACUCGCCGACACGCUCAACGCGCAUGGAGACACGCCGCUACACAUAGCUGCGAGACAAGGUCACUAUGCCUGCGUGGUUAUGCUGCUAGCUCGCGGAGUACGGACGGACAUAGAGAACGCGGCGGGCGAGUUGCCGGUGGAGGUCUGCACGGGGCAGUGUCAGACUGCCAUCUCACUCAACAUGCAGAUGACCAUCGCCGUCAAAGACAACCUGCCACGGUUCAAACUACUCUCCAGCGACAUCUCAAACGGCCGCGAGCCGUUUCCGAUCCCGUGUGUGAACGAGGUGGACGACGCGCCCUUACCGGACGACUUCACAUACGUCACGCGGCACGUCAUGCCUGUACCCGUCAAUGUUGACAACACCAUCGAUACUCUGCAGGGCUGCCAGUGCGCGGCGGGCGAGUGCAGCUCGAUGUCGUGCGCGUGCGCGGCGCUGGGCGUGCGCGGCUGGUACUGCGGCGGCCGCCUGGCGCCCGCCUUCCCCUACCACGACCCGCCCAUGCUGUUCGAGUGCAACCAGACCUGCCACUGUAACAUGCGUCGUUGCGGCAACAGUAUAGUGAGUCGCGCGGCGGCGGCGGGCUCCGUGUGCGUGCGCGUGCAAGUGUUCCGUUGCGCAGAGCCCCGCGGCUGGGGGCUCCGCGCGCGCCAGCCAGUACCGCGCGGGGCUCCCGUCGCGCUCUACGUCGGGGAACUACUGCCACUGCCGCAGGCAGACACGCGCGCCGCAGACCAGUACAUGUUCGCCCUCGAUGUCAAAUCCGACUUGUUAGAGCAAUGUUCGGACAAGACGCAGCUAUGCGUGGACGCGGCGCAGUACGGCAGCGCGGCGCGGUUCAUCAACCACAGCUGCCGGCCCAACCUGGCGCCCGUCCGCGUCUUCACCGACACGCGCGACCUGCGCCUGCCCACAGUCGCACUCUUCGCCACCGCAGACAUACAGCAGGAUGAGGAACUCACGUUCGACUAUGGAGACAAAUUCUGGUCUGUAAAAUCGAAGUGGAUGAAAUGUGAAUGUGGAAGUGUAGACUGCAGGUAUCCUACUAAAUCUGAAGAUACGGAGUCUUCGUGA